AUGGCAUCGGAGAAAGACUCCGAGGUCGACGAGAGCGUUGCUGGUAUAUCAAGUGGACAAUUAACUUUGUUAGAUAUUAUAAAGGCUCUUGGUGAAUUCUUAACAUCUGAGGAGGACCGCUUGCGGACGAAAGGCGUCAAGUUUCUGUCAUCUGUUCUUGGACGAUGUCCACACGAAAAGCUCAAUCGCCAGGCUAUCCGUGUGCUCACCACGUUUUAUUGCAGCAAGCUUGAAGACUUCGAGACCAUCAUCCCUGCACUCAAUGGUAUCUCUUACCUUGUCAAGUUUCCUAACAUACAGUCGGCUGAGGUGAAGGAUAUUCUCAACGCUAUAUUCGCCAAUAUCAAAAUGAAAGCUCUCGUGCAGUCCACUCGCUUCUUCGUCUUCUCAAUCGUCGAUUCUCUGAUAGCUAUCCAUCGAGAUACCCUAAAGGAGAUGGGAAGUACUUUCCUUGCGGGAUAUGUGAACCUGGCAGUUGGAGAGAAAGACCCUCGAAAUCUCAUGUUGGCAUUUGCCAUCGCUCGCGUCAUGCUGGUGGAAUUCGAUAUUCUUGCUCAUAUUGAGGACUUCUUUGACAUAACAUUCUGCUACUUUCCCAUCACAUUUCGACCACCACCCGAUGAUCCUUAUGGCAUCAGUGCAGAUGAUCUGAAGCAAUCUCUUCGACUCUGUCUUUGCGCAACUCCAGCCUUCGGACCCCUUGGAAUUCCAAUCUUUCUUGAAAAGCUCACUGCCGGAUCACCCACAACCAAGCGAGACACUCUACAAGCAAUGGACAUCUGUCUUCCGGUUUACGGACCUGCUGUGUCGCGUGAGUUCGGGAAGAAAAUUUGGAGCUCUUUGAAACUCGAAAUUUUCCAACCGACUGAUCCGGAUACUGAACAUUCAGCCCUUAAUACACUGCAGGUCCUUGUUAGAACCAUGCAUGCUGAUAAAUCUUCAGACGCAGUAAGUGAGGACUCCAUUACGGGCCUCGCACGAGACAUGUGCAGCGAGUGCAUACAAGCGUUGAAGGAGCCUGAGAAAUCUCAAGCGAGACCUGCAAUGAAGGUCAUAUGUGCCUUUGCCCGAGCUAAUGGAUCGCUGUCUAGUUUUGCAGUCUCGCAAGCUGCUGAGCUUCUCAUUAGAAAUUUCCAUGACCCAGAUGAGGUUUCAAACCGGGCGUCAGUGGUUGUGUUGCUCACGGAGUUAAUUGAAGCCUGCCGGGAUGAUGCUACUCAGUCUUCUCACCCAACAUCAUCCCCACUCACUGCCUCGAAGGAUGCCCUUCUUGGGCUCCUCAUUGUCAGCUUAAAAUCACCUGCAACAUGUCUGCCAGCGCUGCAUGGUCUAAUCACACUUGUGCGCACUCCUAAUUUAGUAGCUGAUGAUGAGCUUGGGUACAUAGUGCUUGAGGUCAGCGAGCUGCUACGCAAGGAGCCUGAUGAAGCUCGUGGUUUCAGCACGGACACCCUUGCACUUCUUUCUGCCAUCGCUGGUAUCGCGCCGCACCAUCUGUCAUCGCAAACGCUCCCAAUUCUUUUUUCAUUCCUUCCGGAUGUUACUCCAUCGAGGGAUGCCACCGAGCAGCGUGCAUCUUACUGGCGCGCCCUUUCGUCUCUCAGUGCCCUUUGUGUGCAACCACAGCUUUUUGAGACAUUAGUUAUUAGGCUCAUCGCCAAACUCGAUCUUCUUUGUGCAAUCUUGCCAACUUCGACAAUCGAUCAGGAAAGUACAGCUGCGUAUGCCCAUGCUAUCCUCACAGCCCUCGCAAAUACACUUGAUGUCAAAGUAUCUUCGAAAGACGUAGAUGUCCCCAAGUACGCCGAGCAGCUACUGCCGCACAUCUUCAGAUUGUACUUGGAUGCUGCGCUAGCGAGCUCGGAGGUGGUGGCUGUCGCUGCAGAUCCAAGGCUGCUGCAAGUCGGGGCGAGGAUUAUCAGGCUCGUGAGUCAGACCUUGAAUGUUGCGCGACAAGAAAAACUUGUUGCCUCUGUGUUUGCUGCCUACACGCAAGGUGACGUGAAGCAGAUAACUGGCGGUCUCUUGAACUCUUCCACGCCAUUUGCACCUCUCCAUCUCAAUGCCAGUUCCCGACAACGGAACAGUUUCACUCUUUUCUCUUCUACCAUUGUCUCAUUACGCAAGGAGGUUCGCAUGCCUGUCGACGAUCUAUCCAAUUUCCUCUCUGAACUGAUCGCGUGGAGUGAUGACCCAUCUAGUACAGUAUUUCAACGAGAAGCCGCAUCCCACGUUCUUGCUUCCACUGUCAAUAAACAUGUUGAAGAUAUAUCUGGCUUCCUGUCACACCAGUUGGAGAGCUACUCGUCAUCAGUCCUCAAGAACCCAAGUAUUCCAGCACAAGCACGCAAGCACGCGAUCAAUACCUGGAUAUCCGUCACAAGGGCGCUCCUUGUGCGCUCUCACCCCUCUGGAAAUAUAUUCUUUGAUCACUUGUUCGAGCUUUUGGAUGACAACAUGGUCGGCUGGGAUGCAGCGCGAGCGAUUGGUUUGCUUGCAAGCGAGGAUGCCGUAUUGACGAAGCGCAACAAUGCAGUUCUUAAGGUUCUACACGUGCAGAAGUACUUCAACGUAGUGAUGCCGCGGUUGUUAGAAGGAGCCAAGGGUAUGUCAGGAUCGCAAAGAGAAACUGCAUAUUUGGUUGCUUUGGCGUACCUCAUCAAUGCUGUACCGAAAGCGGUCUACGUUACUCAGAUGCCCUCACUGAUGCCUAUUCUACUACGCGGACUCGACCUCGUCGACCCAUCCAUUCGUUCACACAUUAUUAACACAUUGUCUAACAGUAUCGAUAUUACAUCCGCUGAUAAGGACGCUGUCUCAAUGUACGCGUCGACUCUCGUGCUUGCCAUGCUCAAAAAUUGCAUGUAUAUGGAAAUGCCCGAUCCUGGAGUACGCGCAGCGGCGCUCAAAUACCUGGCAUUGCUGCCAGGCACUGUGCGAUAUGAUUUACUGCAUCCUUACAAGACGCGUGUAUUGAAGGAGUUAGCAAAGGUUUUGGAUGAUCCUAAACGUGUGGUGAGGAAGGAGGCAGUUAUCGCAAGGUGUGGCAUGAUAGCAUUAUCGAACGUUCGUCUAUUUACCAUGCAUUAA